ACUUGAACAUGGACAAGCAAGGCGUCGAGCUAUCAGAGAUCAGCGAAACGAAACGAGAUCUUCACGGAUAUGAUGACUCUGAAGGCUAUCUUGCCGAAGUCAACACCCACGACGCACAAGCUCAGCCCAUCAAAACCACAAAAGAUGGUCAUGUUGUGCUCAUUCCCCAGCCUUCUGAUGCGCCCCAAGACACUUUGAACUGGAGCAAAGUCAAGAAGCACGUUGUAUUGUUAGUAGUCAGCUUUGCCGCACUACUACCAGACUAUGGCAGUGCUACCGGUGCUGUCACUUUGAUCCCUCAGGCAGCCCCAGAUACCGUCAAUCAUUCGCAGGUUGGCAAUGUCUUCAUGCUUGGUGCUGGCGGCAUCUUCGUCGUUGCUCUUUCCGCCUGGGCUGGCAGACUCCCUGUCUUGUUCUACUUCCUCGUCCUUGCUACUGCCACUGCAGCAUGGUGUGCAGCAGCGACUACAUUUGAGAGCUUCAUGGCCGCCCGCAUCCUCAACGGCUUCUUCAGUACCGUCGCUCAAGGUGGUGGUCUCAUGUUCAUUUUUGACAUGUUCUUCUUUCAUGAGAGAGCGAGGAAGAUCAACAUCUGGGCUGCAUUCAUCAUCCUAUCUCCAUAUAUGGGUCCUAUGCUCACGGCCUUUAUGAUCACGACACAGAAAUGGCCCAUUGCCUUUUGGGUAUACUUUAUUAUGCCACCUAAGGGCACGCGACUCCAACAGAUCCUCGGCAUCUCUCAAUACCGCUCACGCCAUCUCCGCAACUCGUUUGGUCAAGCAUGCUCCCGGCCAUUCCGUGUCAUCAUCAAACCUACCGUCUUUCUAUCGAGUUUAUACUAUACUUUGACUUUCGCAUGGGUGGUCGGCAUCAACACCACCCUCUCAAUCUUCCUGACACCACUCUACAAAUUCGGACCCUUGCAGAUUGGAUAUUUCUACUUCACACCCGUUGUAGCAGCUCUCAUCGGAGAAGUCGCAGGCCAUUGGUUACAUGACUGGAUAGCAAAGAGCUAUAUCCACUCCCACAAGGGACACUUUGAGCCUGAAGUUAGACUGCGUGCCAUCUGGCUUAGCACACCUUUCAUGAUCGCUGGACUAAUCGGCCUUGGAUUUUCACUCGAGGAUGGGUACCAUUACAUGAUAACUGCGCUGUUUUGGGGUCUUUAUGUGUUUGGCAUCAUGAUUACCACUGUCGCCCUCAACGCAUACAAUCUCGACAGCUACCCAGAAGCAUCUGGUGAAGUGGCCGCUUGGCUGAACUUUGCAAGGAGUAAGUUUUGGACAUUGUUUGUUUGCUCUGAAGCCUUUGCUAAUCUAUCGGAACAGCANCUUGGUGGCUUUAUCGUCAGUUACUUUCAGGUCACUUGGGCUCACGCUGUGGGUACGAAAGCGAGCUUUGGUACUCAAGCUGCUAUCGUCGGGUUUGCAACUGGCUUUAUUAUUACACUGCAGUUUGUUGGAAAGCGUUUGAGGGUAAAGUCUGGAGCACUGCAUUUCCCCACCUCC